CCAAGUUGCCAACUUGAACUCGUUCAAUUUGGCCUCCACCUACGAUGGAUGCUUCUCUCAAAGAGCUCAGCAAGCUCGAGAAACUCACUGCGGAGUCCUCUGGGAAAAUCAAGACAGCCUCCAUAUCAGAUUCUCUCGAUGCCCUUCUAGCUACUCUCCAAUCUGCAAAGGCUAAUAUAGACAGUAUAAUUGAAGACUCUGGAAAUACUCUGGCUCAAGUAGUAGAGGUUAGGAAGAAAGACAUAGAUGAUCGCCAGAAAGAGAUAUAUUCUGCAACGGCGAAAUUGGGCAAGGCUAUAGAUAAAAAAUUUCCUGCUAAUUUACCUUCCUAUCCGGACCUGUUUGAAAGCGAUGAUUCGAUUGCAGCUCUGGAGAGGACCAUUGCGCUACACUUCCUACGAACGGGUCAAUUUGAUACGGCGCAUACGUUUCUAGAGGAAUCAAAUGCUGACAUUCCUCCGGAACUCCGAACCCAGUUCAUUGAACUGCAUCGUAUAUUAAAAUCCCUCCGGAAUCAGGAUAUAGGCCCUGCUCUCUUGUGGACCAGGCGACAUCGAGCAUUCCUUCAAGCUCGUGGCUCACCACUUGAGUUUUACCUUCAUCGUUCACAGUAUAUCCGUCUUCUCCUGUCAUCCCAUCUUUCGAAUCCUCUCCCUGCAAUAUCCUACGCCAAUGCGGAACUCAGGCCUUUCUUCCAUGAUCACCAAGUAGAGUUUCAACGGCUUCUCAACUGUGUUAUCUAUCUACCCCUGUCCAGACUGCAAUCAUCACCUUAUGCGGAUUUAGCUUCUCCUUCCAUGCAUCUUGAGCUGGAACCUCUGUUUGCUAAAGAAUAUAGUGCCAGUUUGGGCAUGAGUCGGCAGGUUCCAUUAAGAGUUGUAGGUGAUAUCGGAGGCGGGGGUGCACUUGCGAAGAUUGAAAAGUGUCGUCGGGUUCUACGAGAAAGGAAGAAUGAGUGGAGUCAGAGAGAUGAGUUACCAAUUGAAAUCAGCCUCCCUCCGGAAAACCGAUACCAUUCUAUAUUCACCUGCCCUGUCUCCAAGGAACAAAGCACGGAACAUAACCCACCCAUGAUGAUAUCUUGUGGGCAUGUCAUCGCCAAAGACAGUCUGCAGAAGCUCGCGAAGUCCUCGGGACGCGUGAAAUGUCCGUACUGUCCGACAGAAUCACUCUCUUCGGCUGCGAUUCAUGUUCACUUUUGAUUCUUCCUCGAGAUCAGAAGAAGACUCUUAAGAAGACUCGCUUGCGGCAGUGUUCUGUACAGUGCCGGUACAGUGUAUGAACAUGACUGAUUUAUUCUUGUAGCACCACAUAUGUAUGUAUUGCGACACGUUCAUUGUAAUUGUAGCGUAGGAAGUGGACUAUGUACAUGCAUAUCAUCAUAUUUCUUGAAAGGACAAGGGUGGUCGCUGUGUCGGAGUUGGCAUUUUCUACGGCC